GGUGGGAGGAAGAGGGGAAAAACUAUAUGGGGGCUAGGAUGAAUUUGUUCAUUUCCAUCCAUUCCUAGUGGGAAGAUGGGGGAAAAUAAAGGCUGUUCCUGAAUCCCCCUUUCAGUGCUGUUUGUGCAUUAAGCUGCAGGAGCUGGGAAAGCAUCCAGAAAGAUGGAACUUUUCAGGAUCCUUCCUUGGCAUCGUGCUGCCCUCGCUGUGGUGCUGAACCUGCUGGCCCUCAGCCUGUCCACCACAGCCCUGCUUGGCAGCUACUGGUGUGUCGGGACUCAGAAAGUUCCCAAGCCUUUGUGUGGGAAGAGCCAGACAACCAAGUGCAUUGGUGUCCCCAUGCCUCCGGAUGGAGGGACUGGUAAUUCCUCCUUUCCAGGCCAGGAUGUGGUGCACUACAGCUGGGAGACUGGGGAUGAUCGCUUUGCCUUCCGUUAUUUCCAUACAGGCAUGUGGGUUUCCUGUGAGGAGAACAUCGAAGGAGCAGAUGAGAAAUGUCGCAGCUUCAUUGAACUUUCACCGCCAGCUGAGAGAGGAAUCCUUUGGCUCUCACUUGGAUCAGAGAUGGUUUACAUAAGUUUGCUGUUCAUUAGUUUCAUCCUCCUCUUGGUGGAGAUGAUGUACACAGGAAACCCAGUUUGUGGACUCAAGCUGAAUGCCUUUGCUGCCGUCUUCUCAGUAUUGUCAGGCCUGCUUGGGAUGGUGGCACACAUGAUGUACACUCAAGUUUUCCAGGCAACUGUUAACCUGGGGCCAGAGGACUGGAGACCACAUUCAUGGGACUAUGGUUGGGCCUUCUACAUGGCCUGGGCCUCCUUCACUUGCUGCAUGGCUUCUGCAGUUACAACUCUCAACACAUACACCAAGACAGUGCUGGAGUUCAAACGAAACCAUCAGAAAUGCUGUGACGGGAGCUUCACUCCAGAUCAGUCUCAACACCACCAAUGCUUGAUGCAGCCACAGUUCCACCACAGAGAACAGUUCCUGGAAAAACCUCUACCCUCAGUCUCCGAAGGAGUUGAUUUCUACUCAGAACUGCAGCAGAAGGUGCUACAGAGAGAGCCUGAUGUAGAGCUGAAAGUGGUUAUGGGAAAGUCAGUAGGGGAAGAUCACUGUUAGGCCAUUUACAGAUGUGUGGUCUCCUUUGAAUUGAAUGUACAUUCCCUUUGGGUUGGAUUCUCCAUAAGGCACACCUUUUUCCCAUCCCAAACUCACUGCGCCUCAGAACAGAGAAUCUCCAGGGUUUCCAAAACUUCUGAAGGCAUGACUUUCCCUCUCCCUUCACAGGGGAAACAAAGGGAUAUGCAUGCAUUUGGCUUGCAUUAGGUUUUCUUGCUCCUUCCCCACUCCGCUAACCAACAGCAGUUCCUCUCACUCUUUGGAGCAGCAAAUCAGAGCAAUCAGAAGAGCUGUCUUAAAAAAAAAAUUAACGCCACCAGUCUGUCGCUGGAGCAGUAGACCAGCAAAUCUACAUGAAAUUUAUAUGGUCUAGCAAAAUAAUGCUAGAUCCAAGAUUGCAUGCGUGUGCGUGCACACACAUACACACAAAGGCAGCAGGAAGCAACUUCCUCUGCUGGAAGUUGCCCAAAGAGAACAGGUGGGUAAAAUGGUGGCUUGGGUGAACUGAGGGCAUUUUGUAGCAGGCGAAUCCAAUUUAAACAAAAAAAAGUGGGAAAACACCACUGAGAAACUGACAGCCCUGGGGCAAACACUGAGAGCAUAAAGCACCUUAGCCUAGAGAGAGUUCAGUGGGAGUGUAAGAGAACUCUGAUCCUCUGAAGAUGCCAGCCACAGAUGCAGGCGAAUUGUCAGGAGAAAAUGCUACUGGAACACUGCCAUACAACCCAAAAAACCCACAACACUUUGACCAAAACAUUUGCUUCCUCUGGGAUUCUGGCUUUUUUCAUUCAUUCAUUCUACUAGUGAAAUUUGGGGGUGGGGUGAAGGAGGACUGCCUGUAGUUCCUGUUAUUUGGGCAAUACUGUAAAAAUUGUCAAAGGCUUUUCACAGCCGGAAUCACUGGGGUGUUGUGGGGUUUCCAGGCUGUAUAUAUAUAUAUAUAUAGGCACUAUUGCCUUAGAUUCAGAAUGGUACAUAUACAUAUACAUA